GGAGGCAGCAGCAGCUCCGACCCCUCACAGUCUCCAUCAGCAGAGAGGCGGUGUGCAGCCCCCGGAGCUCUGCAAGCUGCCCGCACCCGAGCAGGGCAUCCCAGGGGCCACAGGGACCCAGAAUUCCGGCUCUGCGGAGGAUUUGUGGCAGGAUCCCAGGGAUGUGCCCGGGCAGGCAGCGGCGGGGAUGCGCCUGGUCCUCCAUACUGGUCCUGGUGCUGCUGGACAUUGGGAGACACCGGGCUGAAGGAACCGAGCUGACAGUUGACGCUGAUUUACGGCCUACCUCACCGUGGAGCGCUUCAAGUGACCUCGACAAAGAUAUUUAUUUGACGCUUGAUGAACCAAUGAAUAAUAUAACAACGUCGCUGGGCCAGACGGCAGAGUUGCACUGCAGGGUGUCAGGGAAUCCUUCCCCUACCAUUCGAUGGUUGAAAAAUGAUGCUCCUGUCGUGCAAGAACCCCGCAGGAUAUCCUUCCGUGCCACUAAUUAUGGCUCCAGGCUGCGGAUACGAAACCUGGACACAACCGAUACCGGAUAUUUCCAGUGUGUGGCCACGAAUGGGAGGAAGACUGUCUCCACCACCGGGGUCCUGUUUGUCAAAUUUGGUCCCCCUCCUACAGCAAGUCCUGGCUCUGUGGAUGAGUUUGAAGAAGACGGUUACUGCCAACCGUACAGAGGAAUUGCCUGCGCUCGAUUCAUCGGCAACCGGACCAUCUACAUGGAGUCUCUGCACAUGCAAGGAGAAAUAGAGAACCAGAUCACAGCUGCCUUCACAAUGAUCGGUACUUCCAAUCACCUAUCGGAUAAGUGCUCGAAGUUUGCCAUCCCCUCUCUCUGCCAUUACGCCUUCCCAUACUGCUCUGAAGCAUCCUCGUCGGCCAAACCGCGAGACCUGUGCCGGGACGAGUGUGAGAUCCUGGAGAACGUCCUGUGUCAGGCCGAGUACAUCUUCGCCAGAUCCAACCCGAUUAUUUUAAGGACGUUAAAACUACCCAACUGCGAGGACCUUCCGCAGCCGGACAGCCCCGAGGCCAGUAACUGUAUACGGAUCGGAAUACCCAUAGCGGACCCGAUCAAUAAAAACCAUAAAUGCUACAACAGCACCGGGGUUGAUUAUCGGGGAACGGUGAGCGUCACCAAAUCAGGACGUCAGUGUCAGCCGUGGAAUUCCCAGUAUCCGCAUACCCACAUGUUUAACGCCAUGCGUUACCAGGAGCUUAACGGGGGUCAUUCCUACUGCAGGAACCCCGGGAAUCAGAGAGAAGCUCCCUGGUGCUUCACACUGGACGAAAACGUCAAGCACGAGGUGUGCGACAUCCCAGCCUGUGAUACCCAGGACUCCAAAGAAAAGAGCAAAAUGGAGAUUCUCUACAUCCUGGUUCCAAGUGUCACAAUCCCUUUGGCGAUCGCCUUGCUGUUUUUCUUCAUUUGUAUCUGUCGCAAUAAUCAGAAGACAUCUUCUCCAGCAGUGCAGCGGCAACCCAAGCCCGUCCGCGGGCAGAAUGUUGAGAUGUCCAUGUUAAAUGCAUAUAAACCAAAGACCAAGGCUAAAGAGCUCCCCCUGUCUGCGGUGCGCUUCAUGGAAGAGCUGGGGGAAUGUGUCUUUGGGAAGAUCUACAAAGGUCACCUCUACCUCCCAGGGAUGGAUCACGCUCAACUUGUAGCCAUCAAAACGUUGAAGGAUUAUAACAAUCCACAGCAGUGGGCAGAGUUCCAGCAGGAGGCGUCUCUUAUGGCGGAGUUACACCAUCCCAACAUUGUGUGUCUUCUUGGAGUGGUCACCCAGGAGCAGCCGGUGUGCAUGUUGUUCGAGUUCAUGAAUCUUGGGGAUCUACAUGAAUUCCUCAUUAUGAGGUCCCCUCAUUCGGACGUUGGCUGUAGCAGCGAUGAGGAUGGGACGGUUAAGUCAAGCCUCGACCAUGGAGACUUCCUCCACAUUGCUGUUCAGAUCGCAGCCGGCAUGGAGUAUUUGUCAAGUCAUUUCUUUGUCCAUAAAGACCUUGCCGCUCGCAACAUAUUAGUUGGAGAACAACUUCAUGUAAAAAUUUCCGACCUUGGACUUUCGAGAGAAAUCUACUCGGCUGAUUACUUCAGAGUCCAAAACAAGUCCCUUCUUCCUAUUCGAUGGAUGCCUCCGGAGGCCAUCAUGUAUGGGAAAUUUUCCACCGAUUCAGACAUCUGGUCUUACGGUGUGGUGUUGUGGGAAAUCUUCAGCUUUGGUCUUCAACCCUACUAUGGGUUCAGUAACCAAGAAGUCAUCGAGAUGGUCAGGAAGAGGCAACUGCUUCCAUGUUCUGAAGACUGUCCACCGCGAAUGCACAGUCUCAUGACUGAAUGUUGGCAGGAGAUGCCAUCAAGGAGGCCGAGGUUCAAGGAUAUCCACAUGAGGCUGAGGUCAUGGGAAGGACUUUCAAGCCAUACAAGCUCCACAACGCCGUCGGGAGGUAAUGCCACAACGCAGACCACAUCUCUGAGUGCUAGCCCGGUAAGCAAUUUGAGCAAUCAGAGGUAUCCUAAUUUUAUUUUCUCAGCACAAGGAAUGCCACAGGGCCAGAUUACUGGUUUUAUAGGCCCACCAUUACCUCAAAAUCAAAGAUUCAUACCUAUCAAUGGAUACCCCAUCCCACCAGGAUAUGCUGCUUUCCCAACUGCUCACUACCAACCACCUGGGCCACCAAGAGUCAUUCAGCAUUGCCCACCACCAAAGAGCCGCUCUCCAAGUAGUGCAAGCGGAUCAACAAGUACUGGUCAUGUGACCAGCUUACCAUCUUCAGGAUCCAAUCAGGAUGCAAACAUCCCUUUAUUAUCCCAUAUGUCUAUGCAGAGCCAUCCCAGUAGUAUAGGAGUACAGUCCUUUGGAAGCAAAGGUAUGAAACCGUACAAGGUGGACAUGAAACAGUCCUCCUUACUGGAAGACUCGGACCUCCAUGGACACAACGACUCAAUGAUCUCAGCAGAGCUGUAAUUUUUUUUGUGGUAGAUAUGUACAUACUAUAUGCAGGAAAACAAUCGAAUGGACCUUUUAAGAAGAAAAAAAAAGUUUUAUAUAAAGUAUUUUUAUUGAACAGAGGUCAUUCCAGAUCUUCCGCGGAUGUUUCCUUCAUGUAUCUUCUGUGAAGUUUGAAUAUUGUCCUCAACAGGUGGACUUGUAUGUAGUUCAGAAAUUGGUGACUCUAUCGUUUCAUAUCAGUGUCAUCGCCUUAGAUAAUUGCCUUUAAACGGGAUCCCAGGAUUGGAAGAACAUGGCUGUUUUCUUCCAAAACCACUGCCAACCCUAUCCACCGGCUGUGCGUGGUAUUGUAGACGAGUCCCAUUCAUUUAAAUGGCGCUACGAUGCCAAACACAACCCAUAGACUGGUGUUAACCUUGUUAUUGGAAGGAAGCUGUCGUGUUUUUGUUUUUUUUUCAUUCCUGGACAACCUCUUUAAUUUCAUAUAUAUGUAUCUAUGAUAUUGCCAAAGAUCUUGAGUGAGACGAGACCCAUUAAAAAGCCAUUGGCUGCGGAAUGUAAUCCCUUGGUCAUUGUCAUCAGCGUUCCAUGCCGAGUCCGAACCAUGAACAUCACCUCCUUGUCCAAAACUACGGCAAAACAUUGAUAUUCGUAUCCAACAGGGCGAAAUAAUGACAUAUGGUGCACCUCAUGUAGUUCUAAUAGUGUAUGAUGUCUGCCCUCUGCGCACGGUGUAUGAAUACUUAGAGGGACCGUCCAGGAUUAGAAAACAUGGCCGCUUUCCAAAAAAUAGCCUCACCCCCGUCCACAGCUUGUGUUGAAGGCAUUGCAGCUCAGCUCUAUUGAAAUGACUGGGGCUGAGCUGCAAUACCACACACAACCUGUGGACAGGUGUGGCACUAUUUUUGGAAAGCGGCCAUGUCGUCUAAUCCUAAACAAGCCCUUCAAUUUAAACAAACCUUUAAAGCAAAGUACUAUCUUUUAUUUUUUCUAAAGGGGUUUUUCUUGGUGUUUAAUAUUGAUGACCUAUCUUCAGAAUAGGUAAUUAAUAUCUGAUGGUGGGGGGUCCGACUCCCGGGACCCCUGGUUAUCAGAGGCUGGGGCAUUCCGGUGUGUGCCGCAGCCCCCCUCCAUUGGAUAGUGGCUGUGCUUGGUAUUGCAGCUCAGUCCCAUUCCCUUCAGUGGGACUCAGCUGAGCCUAGGCCACGUGUCCGAUGUCACACAGGUGGUUGGGAGUCACGCCGCCUCCAGUCAGAUACUGAGGAUAGGCCAUCAGUAUACAAGACCUGGAAAACCCCUUUAAGCCUUUUCCUAUCUAAAUAUUGGCCCUUAGCCUUGUACAGUGAAAUUGCAAUAAUCAAUCAACCACAAGACCCCAUUAAAGUAAUUUCUUUAGGUUGUUAGGACAAGAAUCCAUCCCGCGAUGGCAUUUGUCACAGCUCCACCUUCCUAGUAAUGGAUCCAGGCCUGUAAAAUGUAAGGGUAGCGCCGGACUUAUUGUCUCCUUAGCAGUCCAGGGCCCUUUAAAGGGGGUUCUCCUACUUUUUAGAACGGGGUGUCAAGCUCAUUUUCACAGAGGGUCACAUCAGCAUUAGGACUGUUUUACUCCAGCGAGCCCAUUGGGGGAAACACACUCCGUGUGUGUGUGUGUGAUCCUCCAUUCUGGACUUGCGGAGCACAGGGCAUUAUACUGAUUUAUAAUGCUGCGUGCCUCUGCUUGACCUUACAGAUAGAGACUCAUACUGACAGCUUUAUGUCAGUAUGAUUCCUUAGAAGUAAGGUCAAGCAGAGGCACGCAGCAUUAUAAAUCAUGAUAACGCUCAGAGCUCCUGCUAAUCCAGAACAGAGCCUUUAUGUUUAGCUUAAAAAGGGGGCGUUUAGUGUCGGAGCUCAGAAUGCAAGACG